AUGAAUAUUUUCGACAAAGCUAAACUUCAACAAAUGACAGCUAAGACGGUGACUAAAGCUCGCGUGGUUGUAGGAGAACUGCGGGUAGUUUUGAGUGAUUGCAGAUCGAAACAUUUGAAUGGUAUGAUGACAGUAUGGGUUGAAGAGAAUGAAGACAACAACAUCAUUACUCAAAAUCUAUUGAUUAAUUAA